GGAGUCCCCGUAAGGAAAACCGAAACUCUCGUUACUACACGAAAACAGAAGGACAACUCGCCCUUUAGUUGUGUUUACAACCGUCACUGUAGACGCACUUGAUUUUAAACGAAGGGACAGCUAGCGGAGGCGGAAUCUUCUGUUUGUCGCCCAUCCCCGUGCUGGGGACGGGCUGCACCAAAGUAGUAAGCGAAUGCACCACUGACGCAUGCGCAGUAGAGUUGACAAUGUGGCUACGCAUUCAACGGUUAAACCAGUGGCGUUUCGUUUUAACCUCAAAAGACUGCUCCACCUCUGUCUCAGCAGUAUGUGUCCCCCAGCUCCACACUAGUAGCACUGAACCUGCAUCCAGCAGCUGUGAUGGCCUUUAUCCUGGACACAUCCACACCACCCCCAUUCAGAAAGCCUUGUUGGCUGUUGGGUCAGGGGUGGCAGCACUACGUGACCCCUACAGACAUGACAUGGUUGCGGUGCUCGGAGAGGCGACAGGACACUUUGCUCUCAUAAAUCUCAGGGACAAGAUGAAAAAUGACCCUGAAGGAUACACUAUUUUAACUGAAAGGCCGAGGAUCCGGCUGUCGACUAUCGAUGUAGCUAACAUGGCCUCGCUGCCUGAAGGCUCUUUUGGGAGAGAAUACAUCCGUUUUCUGGAUGACAAUCACGUGACCCCUGACUCAAGGGCAGAUGUGAAGUUUGUGGAUGACGAGGAGUUAGCCUACGUCAUGCUAAGAUACAGAGAGGUCCACGAUUUGAUGCACACCUUACUGGGCAUGCCCACCAACAUGCUGGGUGAAGUGGCGGUAAAAUGGUUUGAAGCUGCUCAGACGGGGCUUCCCAUGUGUGCUUUUGGAGCCGUCUUGGGGCCCCUUCGGCUGAAUGCAAGCCGCUUACAGACUCUGGUCACGUCUUUGGGUCCUUGGGCUCUGAGGAACGGUCUGCGCGCUCGCUUUGUCCUCAACAUCUUCUAUGAGCGACGAUGGGAGCAGAGCCUGGAAGACCUCCGACAAGAGCUCAACAUUGAGCCGCCUCCUGUGAUUCUCAGUGCUGCCAACAAGACGAGCACCUGAAAAGAAGCCAAAUAAUAAAAUGACUGGUUCGAGAAUCGUUGGACAGAAGACUUGUGGACAGUCCAGAAACAUUUGUAGUGUGAAGUGUGUACUUGCUGAGGAGGAAAUGGGGAAAUUUCACCAUUGGCAAAGCUUGACUUGUCCCUGAUUGCAUCCUAAAUUUAUGAUGCUGCUGGACGGCAGGUCUAAUUUAAGCUCAGUUUCACUCUGCUGUUCAGUAUCUGACGCGUAUAAUUGUAUUAAUGACAAAAAUAAAUGUAAAAUUGAAAUAAAUAAGGACUAACUAGUUCCUAUAAUCAGCUUGGACAGUGCUGAUGUUAAUGCAGUGUCCCUUCAUUUAUGCCAAUGUUUGGCUAAAUGUUGAAGUGGUGUUUUGUGACAAUUUAAAAAAUUUAAUCCAGCUGUGAAAUUAUUGAGAAACCACAUGAGGUGCACCACUGCUGCAUGUGUUGACCUUUUGACCGUACAGUACAACGGCCUCUUUUGUACUGUAAUAAUGAUGUCAGCAGGAAGUACAAUUCAGUUCAGUGGUAGAAGAUGAACAAAUCCAAAAAAUAACCUUCUGGUUUUUCUCAUUAAAAGCACUUUUCUGGUGAAAACCAA